AUGUCGGGCUCCUACGAUGAAUGUGCGGGUUUUGACGACACCAUGGACAGCUUUUGGGAGGUGGGGAACUACAAACGCGCCGUCAAAAGGUUUGAUGACGGACAUCGACUGUGCAAUGACCUGAUGAGCUGCCUGCAGGAGCGCUCCAAGAUCGAGAAGGCCUAUGGAGACCAGCUGACCGCCUGGGGCAAGAGGUGGAGACAGCUCAUAGAGAAAGGUCCACAGUACGGCUCAGUGGAGCGGGCCUGGCUGGCGGUCAUGACGGAGGCAGAGAAGGUGAGCGAGCUGCACCAAGACGUGAAGAACAACCUGGUGAACGAAGACGUGGAGAAAGUGAAGAACUGGCAGAAAGAAGCCUACCACAAACAGAUGAUCGGAGGGUUUAAGGAGGCCAAGGAGGCAGAGGAGGGCUUCAAGAAGGCCCAGAAACCAUGGGCCAAGAAACUCAAGGAGAUGGAGACGGCAAAGAAAGCCUACCACAUGGCCUGCAAGGAGGAGAAACUGGCCGCAACCAGAGAGGCCAAUGGGAAAACUGAGGCGUCUGUCACACCCGACCAGCAGAAGAAACUCCACGAGAAAGUCGAUAAAUGCAAACAGGAUGUGCAGAAGGCCAAGGAGAAGUACGAGAAGUCCCUGGAGGAGCUGAACAAGUGCACCCCUCAGUACAUGGAAAGCAUGGAGCAGGUGUUUGACCAGUGUCAACAGCACGAAGUGCGGAGACUCAACUUCCUCAAAGAGGCUCUGCUGGACAUCAAGCGCCACCUGAACCUUACUGAGAACCAAAGCUAUGCCACAAUAUACAGAGAACUGGAACGCACCAUCCUGGCUGCAAACACGCAAGAGGACCUCAAGUGGUUUAGCAACAACCACGGACCGGGCAUGCAUAUGAACUGGCCUGCAUUUGAGGAGUACAACCCAGAUGCUGCUGCUGCUCCUCCAAAGAAAAAGAAACCAGAUGGAGCCCCACCCACUCCCAGCACAGACCAUGUGGCGCCACCUGGUGACCGCAGCAGUGUGAGCAGCUAUGACAAGAACCAAACCUACUCAGCCGAAUGGUCCGAUGACGAGCAACCCGCCGCGUACUCAGGCAACGAAAACGGAGGCAAUGGCAACUCUUUUGAGGACGAUUCUAGCACCGGCCGAGGGGUCCGUGUGCGUGCCCUGUACGACUACGAAGGACAGGAACAAGAUGAGCUCACCUUCAAAGCAGGUGACGAGCUGACCAAGACUGAGGAUGAAGAUGAGCAGGGCUGGUGUAGAGGACGUUUGGACAACGGUCGGGAGGGACUGUACCCGGCCAAUUAUGUGGAGCCCAUCUAGUCAUGUGACUAGAGAAGGACACGCUAUUGGAGGCAGCUUGAACUGUCCUGUCCAAUUGCACCGCACAUAGCCAGAGACUUAUGAGCAACACAUCCCCUGCCCAACAGAAGCGCCAAGCAUUCCCGCUAAUAAAACUUAGUAACCCAAAAGACAAUAGUAUAUGUAUCCUAUAAUUUCUCCAUCAUUGGGUGGGUGGACCUAACGCGUACAGGAGCAGCCUGUAUUCCAGUAUAUACACCCUAA